AUGAGCUCGUUUCAGAAGGGCGCAGUCCCCAUCACACCCUACAAGGAACCCACGCCGCUCCCUGAGGAGGUGCCGAAAGUACAGGAACUCGGCGUUACCAGCGCACCAUUGAAGAGUGCCGCAUUCUUUAUUGGUGCAUACUGCAAGGAUUACAAUGAGGACUUCAUGCUCUGCAAGGCAGAGAGCCGUACCGACCCGGGUCACUGCUUGAAGGAGGGACGGCGCGUAACUCGAUGUGCAACAGACUUGAUCAAUAAAAUGAGAGAGAACUGCCUGGAGUCGUUCGAAGCUCACUGGAAUUGUCUGGAGAUAAACAACCAAGAAUACUACCGGUGCCGCAAACCAGAGCGUACUCUCAAUUCGUGCAUGUUCGAGAAGCUCGGCCUUACGAAAACAAUUCCGGGAUCGCCCCCAGGUCAGAAGCCAGUCCACGAACUCGAGAAACCUAUAUACAAGAAUAUUCAGAAAUAG